ACUAACUCCUCAUUCUCAAGCCCUCAUUCCUAACUUUUUUCACUUUAUCCAUUUCACUAGGGAACUAGGUUUCGAACCGCUCAAGAUGGAUCCGCUAUCCAUGGCGACUUCAGUGGUCAGCUUAACAGCCACAUGCCUUUCGACAUGCAAAAAGCUUCACGAUCUCGCCGGGGAAUAUCAAGAUGUCCCAGCCGUUAUUGCCAUGAUAUGCUCCGAAUCAACAAUCAUAAGCAUCGGUUUAUCGGAACUUCAAAUGAAGAUCCUUCGGAGAGACGACCUUUCACAAGCAUGGGCGUCAAAAACAGAAAUCUGGACGGCUUUUGAGACGGCGUUGACUGGAUGCCUGGUUGUUUUUAGCUGUCUUGAAGCUGAGACACGAAGUCUGCGUACAAAGAACCCUGGAGUCUGGGCGAAGCUCAAAUUUAUCUGGAAUCAAGACCGACUGAAAGAGCUUUUGGGUGCGCUCAGAGGACAACAGUCGUCUAUCGCGUUUCUUUUAAAUCUCCUUGAACUUGAGACUUUGUCCAAUAUAAAGAAAGACAUUCGGAAACAUGCUUCGAGGAUAAAGGCAACUGCUUCAGAAGCCCAGUCGCUGCGGUCUUGCAACCCUAGUGUCAAAAUGGACUCGGAGUCCAUCUUCGAUAACGAUGCUGCUAAGCUCAGCUUAUUCGAAAUUGAGGCUGUUUCCGGUAAUGCACCUUCUGAACUUGACUUUGAGUUCGAUGAUCUCGUUCUCAAUAGCCAGGCAUACAGAAGGGUCUUUAUCAAAGCUCAGUCCGGGAGCCAGCAGCCCGUAGUGGAAGAUGUGGGCUCUGAUACGGCGACGGUGAAAGAGGUUGCAAAAGAUAUGGACCUGAUAUCAUUUCCAGAAGUAGAUAAAGGUCCAGUGCAAUGUCAGGAAAACACCACUUCGUUAGUGAGAGACUCGCAAAAGAAAGCAGUUUCACUCGUGAAGGAAGUAGUGAGACCAUCGUUUCGAAGGGUAAAGGUUGGCAGCUGGUCAGACUUGCAUAUUCCUCAACCUUCCCGGCUCCCCAGCACAUCUACUUGCCAUAGCUGUUUAAAGACAAUUACAGGCUAUCACAUGAGAGAAUUAGAUGGAAUAUGGCAUGUGGAAUGUUUCACAUGCUCUGACUGUGGAGUUUCUCUCCAAAGUGGCUAUCACCUAUUGAAAGAUGAAAUUGGCAUCCAACCAAUAGCACUGUGUGAGGACGACUACAUUCGACGACGGGAUAUACAGUGCUUCAAGUGCCAACAGCUGAUCAUAGGUGACUUUGUAACAGUUCUUGAUCGUCGGUACCACGUAGAUCACUUUACCUGUGAUCAAUGCGAAACAGUCUUCACCGAGGGAAGUGAAUGUUAUGAAACCGAUGGUGGAAUUUACUGCAUGCUACAUUUCUGUCGGGACGUGGCAUAUUACUGCCAUGCCUGCAAGUUUCCAAUCAUGGGAAGUUACCGCGAAUCGGACGGUGAAAAAAGACAAUGGCACACCUUUUGUUUCGAUCUUUCAUCCUGGGGGUUGGAACUCCCAGUAUCACCCGAAGGCCGCCGAUAUCUUGACUCCAUUGAGGAUACAUCCCUAAGAGGACUAAGCAAGUACUAUCAGGAAUUACACGAUACUCGUGCUAAUCAGAUCUAUCUUUGUGGAUUGAGGUUUAUUGAGGACUUUCGAGAUUCACUUUCUCAUUCUUUACGUCUAAGGACAGUAAGGCCUGGUGCAGAAAGUUAUGAAGCCUUCAAAGUCAUACUUUCUAUGCUCUCGUGUCUCUUCAAAGCCGCUGCAAAGGCCACCACCAAUUGCGCUGGCGAAGGUGAAAUCAGCACAUUUGUCUUUACAUCCUACAGAUACUUUGUACGCUAUAAACAGGGCCUACAGCCAUCUCCUGAAGAUGUCGGGCAGUGCGUAUCAGAACUACUUCAACCCCUGCUAAGAGUAUCUUUUGAGGUAUAUUUACAAAGCAAUGAUACGUCAUGGGACACUAAACAUCCCCAGCUUGACGAAUUUGUCAAGACCCUGGGGGCAUCACACUCUCUCGAACUGGAGGAUCGUUAUAGCCAGGAGCCAACUGGCGCUGCUGAAGAAGGCUGGAGAUGUACAGAGUGUAGGAGGUUUAUCACGAGAAAUGGGUUUUCUGAGCGUUCGUAUCCAUAUCGGAAACUGCAUGCACGUUGUUACUCAAAAUUCACGUGUCAGCAUGAAACAUCGCAGGGUGGUGGAGUCGAUGAUGUAUGUGAGUGCAGGAAUUGCAGAUGGAAGAAUAAUUUUGAUGUCAUUCAUCAUCAUGAAUCUGCGUUGCAUGAUCUAUGGCGAAGUUGGUAUGUGUCACCAGACCGGAAAGACUGACAUAGAAGUUAGCGAGGUUGUGUGCUCGGAGAGCUCAAGGUCUAGCCUCUCUGAUAAGUACUAGGCAUCAAUCUGAUCACGGCAAAGUGUU